UCAUCAUUCAAUAAGUUGAUGAUCAGCAAAAAGGCAAAAUCUUUUCUUGCUUUUUAGUCAUUUUCUUUAAUUGUUGGUUUGAAUUUGUUUUCUUGCUUUCACUAUAGUUUCACUAAAGAAAACUAGCUGUCUCCAUCUGUUUUUUCUCUCUAAACUAGUUCUUGAUUCAAAGCAAAGAUCUUGAGGUGAAAGAUUGGAUUUUUAUUUUGUGUCUUUAGUUUCUUGAUUUUGGUUCAAAUAGAUGUAAAAAUGAAAUCUUUGAGGUGAAAGAUUGGAUUUUUAUUGUGUGUCAUUUUAGUUUCUUGAUUUUUUGUUCAAAUAGAUGUAAAGAUUGGAUUUUUAUUUUGUGUCUUUUUAAGUUUCUUGAUUUUGGUUCAAAUAGAUGUAAAAAGAUGAAAUCUUUGAGGUGAAAGAUUGGAUUUUUAUUUUGUAUCUUUUAAGUUUCUUGAUUUUGGUUCAAAUAGAUGUAAAGAUGAAAUCUUUAAGCUCAGUGGGACUUGCUUUAAGUGUGGUAUUUGGUUGUCUUUUGUUAGCUCUUAUUGCUGAGCUCUACUACUUGUUAUGGUGGAAAAAUAGGAUUCUUAAAACAAAUCUUGAAGAUGGUUAUAGCAAUAGUAGCAAAGCAAGAGAGUUUUGUUAUAUGUUUUGUGGGAAGCCUUCAACAACUUCUUUGACUCCCACCAAUGCUUUAAAAUCCCAAGAAAUUUGUUCAUCUGAUACACAAUUAGUCCAUGAACCAACACAACUUCAACUUGGGUCAAAUAUGGAUUCAAGUAGUGAUUUUUGGUUCAAACCCUUUGGAGAUGAUACGAUGGAUAAUGAGUUUAUGGCGCUUUGUGGACCACCAAGAUUUUUGUUUACUAUCAAAGAGGAAACUAAAGAGGAUUUGGAGUCUGAAGAUGGUAAAUCCAAGAGUAGAAAAGGAUCAAGAACUAGAAGUUUGAGUGAUUUGUGUCUAAAUGUUGAAACUCCUUUUUUAACACCACUUGCUUCACCUUCUUGUUUUACUCCACCUUUAAGUCCUAUUGUUAUGUCAAAAAAUGGUUUCAAUUUCAACCCUUUUCUUGAAUCAGCAAGUGAUGCUGAGUUUAACAAGUUUAUAAGGUCUAAUUCUUCACCUCCACCAACAUUUCAAUUCUUGAGGGAUGCAGAAGACAAGUUUUGUAGAAGAUUUGAUCAAAAUCUUGAAGUUUCAUCAAGUUCAAAGAUGUGUAAAGAUAAUGAGGAGAAUAGUGGUCCAUUCAUUACACUCAUUUUCCCUAAGAACAGAGAGGUACAACAUGAUCAGCAUCAUGUACAACACUCAUCAAGCUCUUCACAAGUACUACCUUUAGCUUCUUCACCUCCAAUCCAACAGGUGAACCAACAAGAGUAAAUUUUG